UUAUUUUCUAUUACUUUACAACGCAGAAGUUUGUUUUGUUUCAUUAUGCAAAACAUAAAAAACACAAAAUUGGACCAAAUUCAAAAUUAAGCGGCUCUAGAUUUUGUUUGUAUUAAAUGGAUAAGGGCAACGGAGCUAAAACAUCGGAAACGUUGUACGAUGUUUUGAAAGUAAGCAAUGAUUGCAGUGAUAAAGAUAUCCGUAACGCCUAUGUCCAACUAUCCAAACAGUAUCAUCCUGAUGCCAAAGGCAGCUCGCAGGAUCAUACGGCACGUUUCUUAAAAAUUUCCGAGGCAUAUCAGACAUUAAGUAAGCCAAAAUUGCGCCGGGAGUAUGACGAAAUCUUAAAGGCUUCACAAAAUUCAAGAAUUAUUGAAGUGGGGAAGUCGGCAAGAACUAUUAUUCACAGACCAUGGGAAAUUAAACCAGACUAUGAUCCGAAUCCUGGUCCCUACUAUGGCAUCAAUGGUGUACGUAGAACAACUAACUUUAAAGUAGCCGCGGCAAUAAUAUUUCUAGGAAUAGCUGGUGGAAUUUUUGGAUUUUUCUCGGUCCGGCAAUCUUUUGCAAUUAAUCAAAAAAGUUUAGAUGAAAUAUCGGCCAAAGCGAGCGCUCACCAUCAACGUAUACGGACCGAAGUUAGCAAUUCUACAAGAGAGGAAAAUAUACGUCGAUUUGUGGAACGUGUUACCGCCAAUCAGGCAGAUAGAUAAUUUUGAACACUAUAUGUUUGUGCAGUGUAUUUGAAGCAUUUAUUAACAAAUAUCGAGUAAUGAAACAUUUGUUAAUAAAUGUUAUACAUUGACACUUUGUAAUAUACAGAAUAGACUAGAUCAAUUUCAAUAGAUUUUUCUAAUUUUAAAUUUUAAAAAAAUUGUUAACUCGAAAAAAAAAAUAAAUACAAUUGUGAUAAAAUCAUAACUUUAUCGACUUAAAACUCGUUAUAAUAGUUGUGUUGCGUAAUAAAUAAUCACAACAAUCGAGAA